AUGCCGCUCACCCUGUGGAGAGAUAUCUCGCCGCUCGGCCAGCCCCUUCGACGGCCUGGUAGCAAAUCCCCGCACAUUCUAAUCGUCGGGGGAGGUGUCACGGGACUGAUCUCAUCAUGGGUGCUCCUUGACCGUGGCUACCGCGUCACGAUCGUCAGCGGUGCGUGGGCAAGCGACGAGCAGCGCCUGACGUCCCAGAUAGCUGGGGCCCUCUGGGAAUUCCCGCCAGCCGUGUGCGGACAACACACGGACAAGAUCUCCCUCGCCCACUCCAAGCAUUGGUCCAUGACGUCGUAUCACAUCUGGGACGGGAUUGCCUCCAUCCCGUCGCUAAGCGAAGCGUCAGGUGUACGCAUGAUGCCGUCGGACUUCUUCUUCCCCGAGACGGUAGAGUCCGACAAGGCCCAGUUAUCCAAGAUGACCGAGAUCAUGGCUAGCGGCGUCCGAGGUUUCUACCGAGGUAUCGACAUCGCCGACGAGAGAGGGGUUGACCCGUCAUACGGUGCCGUCGACGCAUACGAGUUGCUGGCGCCGGUCAUCGACACCGACAAGGCUAUGGGGUGGCUGAUGGAGCUUGUCGAGAGCAAAGGAGCCACCCUCGUGACCGAGACCAUCAAGGAUGACCUGCUCGAGAUCGAGGACUCGCUACGAGAACGGUUUGAGGCAGACGUCAUCGUCAACUGCACCGGACUCGAGAGCCAAGUCCUCGCGGGGGACGAGACCGUCUAUCCGAUCAGAGGUGGGCUGAUCCGGGUAAUCAAUGAUGGAGUGGCCUUCCCGAAAGUCAAAGCCGCUUUGACUAUUACGGCAGACGCGGCUCAUUCGGCCAACGAAAUCAUCUUCCUCGUGCCUAGGAAUGACAACAUCCUCCUGAUUGGUGGUAUAACCGAGCCACACGAGUGGGAUCUCGACCUUACGCUGGACACACCCAUCAUCCAGAGAAUGCGGGAGAGGUGCGAGAAGUUCCUGCCCGGGCUAGAAAACGCCCGCCUGGAUGCGGAAUAUCCGUUUGCCCAGGGCCUCCGCCCCUUCAGGGGGCAGAACGUGAGAGUAGAGCGUGAACUGCGCAGGACACACAGUCGCAUCGUGCACUCCUACGGACACGGCGGUGCUGGCUGGAGCCUGUCGUUCGGGUGCGCUCAGGACGUAGCCACGCUCGUCGACGAGGCACUCGAGGAUGUCCCGGCGAGACCGAUGAGCGAGACGGUCUUCGAGCGGAAGGCAGCGGGGUUCCAGAGGCUAAAGGGGGGGCGCUAA